CGCUCCCGUCACGAGCAAAGGAAAGGGAAAUCGUUGAAAAUCCCAUUCAGUGCCUUAUGCAUCCUUUUAAACUAAACGAGGGGGGAAAUUGUGUGUGUGGUGUGUGUGUGCUUUUCCUUUUCCUCAGCACUUCGGCUAUGUCCUCUCUGCGCAAAGCAGCCCACAGACAGACAGCGUUCACCUGAGUUUCCCCCCCUUAACCCCACCCAAGGACCUUCAUUGAAACCAGCUUCUCCACUAAGAGCCUGUUAAAACCAACCUGUCCUUUUUCUUUUAUUCUUCUAAAAAAAAAAAUUUAAAGAGAGAGAAACUCAGCUCAAGCUUGUGCACUUCUGGACCGGAGAUCUGGAGAUGAAGACAGACUUUAUGCUGUUCUGUCGGACUUGGAUUGGACUAGCAUACGCCUCAGGUCUGGUGAUAGGCUAUUCUAUGACUCCACCCGUCCUCGACAGCCCCAAAGACGAACUAGUGAUUGCAGCCCACACAACACUCACUCUUACAUGCAGGGGAUCUAAUACUCUGGCCUGGGCCUGGCCUGAUCAGACUCUGGUUGGACGAGACCUAACCCAGCGUCACUCCCAGCUGGAGACCACCUCAGCCCCCGGGCAGAGGGUGGCCUUAGUCAGCGAGUGUCCGGGGAAGUUGGAAUUGCCGUACUGCAAGAAGCUUGUCCUGAAUGGGGCACAGGCCAAAGACACGGGGUACUACCGCUGCUCAUAUAAGGAUGCCAAGGCCAUCAUUGAAGGCACCACUGCCACCAGCAUUUAUGUCUUUGUCAUGGACCCAGAGCAGCCCUUCCUCAACAGCGGCAGCGUGCAGACCAUUUUCAUCAAGAGCCAUUCCACGGAUGUAAUAGUGCCAUGCCUGGUCACAGUGCCUGAUCUGAAUGUCACCCUGAAAACGAUGUGGUACAAUCCCUGGCCACUGGAGAAGGAGAGGCUGAGAUGGGACAACAAGCGGGGCUGGUCCAUUCCCAAAAACAUCAUAGACAAGGAACCUCUCCUGAUGCUUUCUUGUGCUGCUAUGCUGGGAGGCAAUUGGUACAGUUCGGACAGCUACGUGUUCCACACUACAGGAAGUCAGGUUUACGAUGUCAAGCUGUUUCCUGAGGAGCCAGUACAGCUGUUAGUGGGGGAGGCCCUCACCCUGAACUGCACAGCGAUGGUGGAGUUCAACGCAGGGGUGGACAUCCAGUGGUCUUACCCAAGCAAACAGGCGAAUGACUUGGUGCAAGUUACCACCCUCCGUGAAUCUCUGUCUCAAGCCACAACGGCUUCUAGCGCCCUGACCAUCCACAGUGUCAAUGUCACAGACACCGGCCGAUACACCUGCAAUGUUACCAGCAUGGACGGGACUUACACCCAACAAACUCAGGUCGUAGUUUAUGAAGGACCAUUUAUCCACCUCGACUACAGAAUUGGACCGAUUGUGGAGAUAACUGCUGGCCAGAAGUCAUACAAAUUACAAGUAAAUGUCUCUGCCUUACCGGCACCCGAAACGCAAUGGUAUAAAGACGGAAAGCUAAUAAACCAGCGCCCAGAAUUCAAGAUGAAAAGGAUGAGGAUGCACCCUAAACAUGUUUUGGAGAUUAAGGAUGUUUGUCAGGAGGACUCCGGGCUGUACACGGUGGUCCUGAAAAACAGCGAUGCUGGGCUAGAGAGGAAGCUCAACAUAACGCUUGUCGUCAACGUUCCUCCUCAGAUUCAUGAAAAAGAGGUGGCAGAUCCAUCCAGCCCUUACCCCAGCGGCAGCAGCCAAACGCUGACGUGCACCGCCUACGGUGUCCCUAUUCCCAACAUCAGCUGGCAGUGGAGGGCCUGGGGCCCCUGUGUCCUCAACAGCACCCAAAGCAGAGUGGCCCGACAAGACCGGAAGAGCCGGAGUGACAGGAUUGCAGAAUGUCAGAACUGGCAGGACAUUAACUCGGAGAAUGCGAUGAAUGAAAUUGAGCCGAUCGAGUCGUCUCUCGAAGUUGUGGAUGGACGAGAGAAGAGAGUGAGCAGACUUCUGAUUCGCAAUGCCAGCGUGUCCGUCAUGUACAAGUGUUCUGCUAAAAACAAAGUGGGCAAAGAUGAGCGGCUUAUCUACUUCUAUGUAACCACCAUCCCCGAGGGCUUCAAUGUAGAUGUCCAGCAGUCUGAGUAUCCCCUGGAGCAGGAGAAAGUGUCUCUCCUUUGCAGUGCUGAUAAUUACACCUAUGAGCAGCUCCACUGGUACCGUCUUGACCCUCGGGCCCUGCAGGACGAGGAGGGUAAGCCCCAGGAGCUGGACUGCAAGAGCGUGCACCUAUAUGCUGAGACUCUCCGUGGUGGGCUCUCCUUCCAGGAGCCCUCCAACAGCUGGGUCUUGGACUUCACUAUUAACUCCAUCCAGCUGCAGGAUGAAGGGCAUUACGUAUGUGAGGCUCAGAGCAGACGCAGUGGGGAGAAACAGUGCCUUUUCAGAUACAUCUCUGUCAAAGCCCUGGAGGCACCACGCUAUAAGCGCAGCCUCACCAACCAAACAGUGAAUGUGACCGAGUCUCUCACGAUGGAGUGCGACGUGGAGGGCAGACCUCUGCCCCGAUUCUUCUGGUUCAAAGACAACCAGCCUCUCCACCAAAUGUCAGGGAUCCAGCUGCAGGAUUCAAACCGCACGCUGAGUAUCCAGCGGGUCAGAGAGGAGGACGCCGGUCUUUACACCUGCACCGCCUGCAACCAGCGCGGUUGUGUCAACUCCUCAGCCGCCGUCAGCGUCAUCGGAUCAAGUGACCGGGCCAACGUGGAGAUUGUAAUUCUCAUCGGGACUGGAGUCAUCGCCGUUUUCUUCUGGGCCUUGCUCAUUCUCAUCUUCUGCAAUGUGAAGCGGGUUAACCCAGCAGACAUAAAGACAGGUUAUCUGUCAAUCAUUAUGGACCCGGGGGAGGUGCCACUGGAUGAGCAGUGCGAAUACCUGCCCUACGACUCAUCGCAGUGGGAGAUCUCCAGAGACAGACUCCGGCUAGGAAAAGUUUUAGGGCACGGUGCCUUUGGAAAAGUAAUUGAAGCAUCAAUCUACGGCAUUAGCAAGAGCAAAGGUUUGGACACGGUGGCUGUCAAGAUGCUGAAGGACGGAGCCACGGCCAGUGAACACAAAGCCUUGAUGUCAGAGUUAAAGAUACUGAUUCACAUUGGCAACCAUCUGAAUGUAGUAAACCUCCUGGGAGCCUGCACCAAACCAAAUGGCCCGCUGAUGGUGAUUGUGGAAUACUGCAAGUAUGGGAAUCUCUCCAACUUCCUACGAGCCAAGAGAGAGUUCUUCCUCCCUUACAGGGAUCGCUCUCCAAAAACCCAGAGCCAGGUGAGGCGGAUGAUUGAAGCGGGUCAGAUUGCCCAGAGGACUCGUCAACCGCCCUCUCCAUCCUCCUCCCCGCUCACCGCUUCUCAGAGUCCAUCAUCCAAUACGUCCAGUCAGACUCCCGCUGUAGAGAAAAUGGAGGACUUGUGGAAAACUCCUCUGACGAUAGAAGAUUUGAUUUGCUACAGUUUCCAGGUGGCUCGUGGGAUGGAGUUCCUGGCUUCCAGAAAGUGUAUCCACAGAGACCUGGCCGCCCGUAACAUCCUCCUGUCAGAGAACAACAUUGUGAAGAUCUGUGAUUUUGGGCUGGCCCGAGACAUUUACAAAGACCCCGACUACGUCAGGAAAGGCAACGCUCGCCUCCCUUUGAAGUGGAUGGCCCCAGAGAGCAUCUUUGACAAAGUGUACACCAGCCAGAGUGACGUGUGGUCCUUUGGAGUUCUCCUUUGGGAAAUCUUUUCACUCGGUGCAUCUCCGUAUCCGGGGGUACAGAUUGACGAAGAGUUUUGCAAGCGAUUGAAAGAGGGCGUCAGGAUGAGAGCACCGGAGACUGCCUCUCCUGAAAUAUAUGGCAUCAUGCUGGCCUGCUGGCAGGGCGAGCCAAAAGAGAGGCCCACCUUCCCCGCCUUGGUCCAGAUCCUGGGAGACCUGCUGCAGGACAACAGUCUACCUGAUGGGAAGGACUACAUCCCCCUGAACCACUCACAGAACUCUGAAGACGAUGGUUUCUCUCAAGCCUCUUCGCGCCCGCCAUCUGAGGAAGAACUGAGACUCGCUUGCAACACUAUGCCCACAAGGUAUUAUAAUUGUGUGCCCUUUGCUGGCUGUGUGUUCGUGGGGCCGUCCAAAAUAUGCCAGCCCAGAGUGAAGACCUUUGAAGAGUUGCCUCUUGAGAUGCAUCCACAGAAACCUCCUCAAGACAACCAGACGGACAGCGGGAUGGUUCUGGCCUCCGAAGAAUUUGAGAGAAUUGAGCACAACCACGGGGGUGUUGUCUUGAAAAGUCGUAUAAACAGUAGCAGCAGCACGGAGCCUCUGACAGCCUCCCACAGUUCCCCAGAUCAAAGCCAUGCCACAGGCAGCUCCAGGCUCCGGCCCAACUUCUUCAGCCAGCUGUCAGGUCAGACCUUCUACAACAACGAGUACGGACACCUGUCCGAGGAGGGCUUCUGUGACUUCUACUCCUCACCGAACACCACCUCCCCGGCCUCUUCGAAUGUGUAAUUUUACCAAAGAUGCAUAAAAAAGGGGUUUAACACAGACAGCUGAGGUUGAGGAUGGUUUGCAGUAACAUCUCAGUAUUGACAUGUAACUAGUCUUUUUUUUAUAUAUUGAAGAUCAGGUUUUAGAUUCUCAUGAUUACUUUCUCAUCUCGAAAUCCUUCUUCUCUCAGACUGUUGCCUCAACAAAUGGACUGAGCUACAUGUGCCUGAAGUUCCUCUAACCAGCCACUGCGUGGCAGCAUUAUGACAAAAACAAACCACAAGUAUUUUCUAGUCACACACAUAUAUAUAUUUUUAUCUUUUAUAUGCAGAGAAUUCUUUCUUUAUUUGUGCAAAUUAUGACUCAUACAAGAGGAAAUAAAGAAUUUUAUCUC